GCUCCGGUUCUGCCACUAUAUUCAUGUUUUCCGGCUCUAUUUUUCCCCACUGGCGCCGUAAAGCCGCAGAACGCUUCAGUGGCAGCUCCUCGGAGAUUCCUUUCUUCUUGAAUGCAGCAUACUAUCCGAACUGGCGCAUAUAUCGGAAGCAACCUCCUUCAUCGCUCAGAUUGGGAUUCAUCUCCCAUAUCUUUUACGCUUUUGCCUGGGUCAAAGAAGACGGCACGGUCUAUUUGAGUGAUGAGUGGGCAGACACGCAGAUGCCCGUCGACGGCACAACUGGUUGUCUUCGGGCAUUCGCGCAGCUGAAACCGCAGUAUUCCAAGUUGAAACUUAUACUCUCAAUAGGAGGGGGUGGCAAGGGAAGUGAGAAUUUUGCUGCAGUGGCUCGGAGCAAGUCUUGUACAGAAACGUUUGCGCAGUCCGCAAAGCGACUAGUAGACGAAUUCGGCCUUGACGGUAUUGACGUGGACUGGGAACACCCCGCAGAUUCGCAGCAAGGACAGGACUACGUCCGUCUUCUUGCUAGGUUGCGAGAAUAUUUCCCACCGCCAUAUGUAUUAGCAACGUGCCUCCCCGCAGGCCAGUGGGCACUGCAGCACAUUGACCUCAAAAAAGCGCAAAUGUAUGUUGACAUGAUCAAUAUCAUGGGAUACGAUUUCGCCGGGCCGUGGGGAAGCGAAACCGGACACCACGCCCAGUUGUAUAGUCCUUCAUACGGUUCAGGCGUAUCAUGCCAGUCGGCCGUAGAGUAUGUUCUCGGGCAGGGCGUCCAUCGCAAGAAACUCCUCCUAGGUAUCCCUGCCUAUGGCCGGUCGUUUCUCGGCAGUGACAAUAUCGGACAGCGAUAUGCAGGCUGCGGUGGCGAAGAUGGAGUAUUCGAUUACUGCGAGCUCCCGCGCCCAGGUGCGACGGAGUAUCAUGACGAAGAGGUUGCAGCAGCGUACUGCGUCGGCGGGGAUGGUGGGUUCGUAACGUACGACACGCCGAAGACUGUUCAGCAGAAGGCGAGGUUCGUAACCCGAGAGCAGCUGGGAGGAUUAUUCUACUGGCAUAUUGGGGGGGACACUCGAGGCCCACGGAGUCUCAUCGAGACGGGGUAUAACACGCUGCAUGAAAUGUAG